GUGAGCCCCGCUGACCACUACCCCGUGUCCCCCUCCCCACUACAGCAUGCCUCAGGAUUUGUCAGAGGCCCUGAAGGAAGCCACCAAGGAGGUGCACACCCAGGCGGAGAAUGCUGAGUUCAUGAGGAACUUCCAGAAGGGCCAGGUCACCCGGCAAGGCUUUAAGCUGGUGAUGGCCUCGCUGUACCAUGUGUACGUGGCCCUGGAAGAGGAGAUUGAGUGCAACAAAGAGAACCCCGCCUAUGCCCCACUCUACUUCCCGGAGGAGCUGCACCGCACGGCGGCACUGGAACAGGACAUGGCCUUCUGGUUUGGGCCCCACUGGCGGGACACCAUCCCAUUCACACAGGCCACCCGGCGCUAUGUGCAACAGCUCCACAAGGUGGGGCUGGCGGAGCCUGAGUUGCUGGUGGCCCACGCCUACACCCGCUACCUGGGUGACCUGUCAGGGGGCCAAGUCCUCAAGAAGAUCGCUCAGAAGGCCCUAGAGUUGCCCAGCUCGGGCGAAGGCCUGGCCUUCUUCACCUUCCCUGCCAUUGACAGCGCCACCAAGUUCAAGCAGCUCUACCGCUCCCGUAUGAACUCCCUGGAUAUGAGCCCUGAAGUCCGGCGCAGGGUGGUCCAGGAGGCCAAAACUGCCUUCCUGCUCAACAUCCAGCUGUUUGAGGAGUUGCAGGAGCUUCUGGACCAGGACACUAAGGACCAGAGUCCCCCACAGGCACCUGGGCUUCACCAGAGGACAGGCAGCAGGGCACCAGAUGCAGCUUCCUUGGAGACGUCCAGAGGCCAGGCCAAGGCCAGUGCCCACACCCAGUCACCACUGCUCCGCUGGAUCCUAACACUCAGCUUCUUGGUGGCCACAUUCGCUAUGGGGCUUUACGCUAUGUGAAGGCAAGCGGGUCCAUGAACUUUGUCUUGUGGAGAGGAAGCACCUUCUAGCUUGCCUCCUUAUUGGGGAUUCAGCGGACUGCGAGGGCCCCCCACCCCAAGCCUCUGUCCUCUCUGGAAGGAAGCAGGACUAUGGCUUCAGCCCCAUCCAAAAGCACCUCCAGCCACUCAAUGACCUGAGCUUCCAGAGUGGGAAGAGGGGUCUUGCCUGCCCUGCCCCUAACAUACACCACAUCCCGGUUCCUGCAGCUGAGCCCAGGAGACCUGGCCAGCACGGCGACUGUUCCCAACCUCCAGCCGCCCUGGCCUCAGGGUCCCAUUGCCACUCUGACCACUCUCUUCCUGCCAAGGGUCAUGGCACUUUUUAUAGAACUAUGCAAAGAUGUUGUGUCUUGUUUUUAUCAAAGCCCUAAUUUGUCCCUGGCUCCACCUCAACGGUUCUGUCCUGCUGUGUUCUCUGUUUUUAUAGCAGAGUUGAGUGGAGAGGUGUUGAGCCACACUGUGGCCUUGUCUCUAACAUUUGUAUGAAAUACUAAUAAACUGCCUUGCCUGAUA